AUGCCGCUGCCGCCGCCGCCGCCGUUACUGUUGUUGCUGCUACUGCUGCUGUGUUAUUUGUCUGCUGUCCAGAUGCCUGGAAGCGGGUGCCGGUUCGUGCUGGUGCCUAGGGAGAUCAAGCUCGAGGUCGAGGUCGAGGUCGAGGUCGAGGACGGGGGCGAUAGCGAGGCCGGGGGCGAGAAUGGUGAUGAAGAUGAGAACAGAAGCAAAGUCGGGCGACGUGGGGUCAUUGAGGAGGAUGACUUGGAUCACGGCGACCUACCUCAUGAGUAUCCUCGGUGGUUCCUGCGUGGUCCUGACAAGGGUUCCCACGCGAGGAUUCGCGGCGAGGGAAAUGGCGUCCUGAACGCUGGCAGACAGGCGCAGCGGCAAAAAGGAGACAAGCAAACAGGGUCGCACUGGCGGGCGGCAAGUAGGCCGAAGGACGAGAUGCAAUGGUUGAUAUUGCGAGAGUGCUCGGCGCCAGCACCUCCUCCCUGUUUGGGCUUGAAUGGGAUAUGA